AUGGAGAUUUUCUUGCUGGAUGACAAUAUCAAUGUUCCAGCUGAAGGUCAAGAUCUUGAAACAACUCCUCAACAAGCUCUUGAAGAAACUCUAGAAGAACUUAAUCAAGAAUUUAAUGAUGCUCCCCAACUAGCUCCUCAACAAGCUCUAGAUGAGCCUAAUCAAGAACAUAAUGAUGCUCCUCAACCAGCUCCUCAACAAACUCUAAAUGAGCCUGAUCAAGAACAUAAUGAUGCUUCUCAACCAGCUCCUCAACAAGCUCCUGAAGAAGCUCUAGAAGAGCCUGAUCAAAAACAUAAUAAUGCUCCUCAACAAGCUCCUAAAGAAGCUCUAGAAGAGACUGAUCAAGAACAUAAUGAUGCUCCUCAAUCACCUCCUCAACCACCUCCUGAAGAAGCUCUAGAAGAGCCUGAUCAAGAACAUAAUGAUGCUCCUCAACCAGCUUCUCAAUAA